AUGUCUCACUGUAAAAUACUCAAGAAAGCAUUGCUACAAAAAUUGCACGCAUCUUUGGACGAUCAGCUACUAGUUAUCAAACGAUUAAAAUUAACCAAUAAUACCAAUGUCAAACACCUGCUUGCUGCUGAAAUCUCGUCCAAUCACAUACCCAAAAAUACCUUGAUAAAAACUCAAAAGAAAAAUGGUAUCCAAUCUCAUAUUGCACGUAAAAAACCAAUGAUUAGUGAAAUAAAUCGAAUCAAACGAUUAAACUGGGCUAAAAAACACAAGAAUUGGAUCAAAGAAGAUUGGCGACGUGUGUUUGGACUGAUGAGUCCUCUAUUAGUACUGAUUCAUAUGGAAAGGUCUGUGUUUGGUGUCAUGAAGAUGAGCUUUAUGUUCCUAAUUGCACAUAAGCAACUGUUAAAAGUGGACGCAAGUCUAUUAUGGUCUGGAGAUGCAUAA